CCACAAAGUGAUGGGGCUUCAAGAGUUGAGCAUGGGACGAUUGAGUCAGUCCGAUGGAGCGGCCGCUGUAGGGAGGUAAUCCGCUCUGCCUUCCAGCCACUCCCACUGAGGAGCUCUGUGCGCUCACUCGACCGCUUUUGCUUUCUGAUGCUGCAGCUACCGUAGUGACUCUAUCUCCCAAUAAAAGCAGCCAUGGCGACAGAUGUCCAACCGCUCACUCUGGAUCGAGACGUGGCCAGGGCGAUCGAGCUGCUGGAGAAGCUACAGGAGUCUGGGGAUGUCCCGGGUCAUAAGCUGCAGUCCCUGAAGAUGGUGCUGCAGAGUGAGUUCUGUACAGCCAUUAGAGAGGUGUACCAGUACAUGCAUGAAACGAUCACAGUCAAUGGGUGUCCUGAGUACCAGGCACGGGCUACAGCUAAGGCCACGGUUGCAGCAUUCGCAGCCAGCGAAGGUCACUCUCACCCCCGGGUGGUGGAGCUACCCAAAACAGAGGAGGGUCUGGGCUUCAAUGUGAUGGGUGGCAAGGAGCAGAACUCUCCUAUCUACAUCUCCCGCAUCAUCCCAGGGGGCGUGGCCGAGAGGCACGGGGGCCUAAAGCGAGGGGACCAGCUCCUCUCUGUCAACGGCGUGAGUGUGGAGGGGGAGCACCACGAGAAGGCGGUGGAGCUCCUGAAGGCAGCCAAGGACAGCGUGAAGCUGGUGGUGCGCUACACGCCCAAGGUCCUGGAGGAGAUGGAGGCUCGCUUUGAGAAGCUCCGCACGGCCCGCCGCCGCCAGCAGCAGCAGCUCCUCAUGCAGGCGCAGCAGCAGCAGAAUCUCAGCGCCCAGAUGAACCACAUGUCGUAGAGCAUAGCAAGACAGCACAAACAGAUCUGGGACCCUGCUAGUCGGCCGCCAAGGAGAAGCUGGAUCCACAUGGAUAACAUUAACGGCUGGUACAGUAAGUAGGUGAUAUACUCAACAUGACUGGUCGCUGAACUGGAAAUAAUAUCAGCAAACGACAUCUAUACUGUUAGAUCUGCUGUAUACUGUCCUAAGGAUGUUUCAAGUAUUUCAGAACCUUGAAGGUUUUAUGGCAUUCAAACAUGGCAGUGUACUGUUUUUGAGCGAGCAGUGUCCAGAGAAACGAAUUGCACCCUUUAAAAGUCACGUGGGUUUUUUAUACCCAGAGUGUGUGACACCACAUGUACAUGACAUUUUAUUUCACAACUGAAUUCAUGUUGGUCCUCACUUCUGGGGAUUUUUUUCACUGCACAGAUGACAUGGUUAAACUGGUUUUAUGCACAGACACAUACACAGAUGCACACACACACACACACACACACACAGGUAUAUAAGCACAAUAGAAACAUACAAAAUGAAACCAGGUGUCCUCUUGAUACCAUGGAUUACAUCAAUUCUUCAAUCAUUCUUCACAUUUUGCCUGGAGCACACAUUAAAGGGGAAUUACUUGAAAUAUGGAAAAUGGUUCAUAAAAAAAUGUUAAUAAAUCCCUCAUAAAACUCAUGUUCUGUCCCAGUGAAAGCACUAAGCUCAGGAUGCAAUUGCAAUGUGUAGCAUGUACUACAUUUCAUGUGAAACAAUUGAGUCACGGUUUAAAGUUUUACCCAGACUUGAAAGAAGCAUUCAGCUGAGCACUCUUCAAACAUACCUCCAGGGGACACGCCUCAAAUUAUUUAACGCCUCCCGCAGGCUAAGGAAUCGUCCGCGUCACUGAUCAUUUGAUACUAACCGUCCUCGUGUAGCUGCUGCUCAGCAUGUGUUACGACACCGCUCAGGCAGAUAUUUGAAAGCGUGUCGACCUGUGAUGGGGAGACAGGGAGAGGGGACUGAACAGGGAACACGCCAGCAUGUUGUAUCAGUGCUGGCACGUUGACUACAGGGCUUUGAUACGGUGGCUAAGAGGCUGGUGCCCAAGCACGCCGGCAUUCCCAGACAGACCGCUAGGCAGCAAGUACCAUGGGAUUGCAUGGAGUCCGUGCUUCGGGUACCUUUGACAUACCGCCCAGCUAUUCUGUCUCUCCCUCAUUCAGUACCUGUGAGGGCUAGCCAAGGCAGAGACAGUAGGCUUUGCUAUAAUCUCUGUUCCUAGGAGCAGUAGGCACGGACAACACAUUUACAGGAAUUUGGAAUGGGCUUCUCAGAGUUGAAUCGGCUUUUCAAUUCAGGGUACCAGUUGAUCUUUUUUAUUCUUAUUCCUCUGUAAUAUAUAGCAUCCAAUGUUACUGAUUCUAAGUACUGAGCGGUCAAAUAGUUUUAGGCAUUGCUCUCAGCUUUUUUUACAUAUUUCUUGUAGGCUCUUCCAAAAGAAGAAGGAGUGAAGGACAUUGAAAGGCAGGUUCAAUUUCCACCUCUGUGCAGGGGAUCCCGAAGGAACCACCUGGCAGUGGAGAACAUGAUGCUUUUAAGCAGUGAAGACUCUCUGCAUUUGAUGUAUUAACAACCAAAUGAAGCUAAAACUGAGAGCGGUGUCCUGAAAUGUAAACAAUGGUGCUUCAAAAUGUGCACGGUUAUUUGAGAAAUGGAGACUACUGCUGAUAAUCAUUAGUUUGACUAUCAAUUUGUUUCUGUUCAUUUUCAGUUGUCCUUUAACAGUUGAACAUUGUGAUCCUCCUUCAUGUAAUUUGUGAUACUGUUACCUUUUUAAUCUGUUUUGAAUUUAUUUUACUUGUUUUGACUUGCCAUGGCUUUGUACAGUGGUAUUUCUAUUAUUUGAUUCCUAUUUUUGUGCUUGUGUCUAUGUAGGAAUGGUCAUUGAUUUAUUUUCUUUUUUGUCAAACUUGUGAUGUUUGGAUAAAUGUGAACAAUUUUGUACCUAAUACCGUAUAUUGUAGCAAGAACAUAUUUUGUAUGGUAACAUGUAGAUUUAGCAAUAACAUAUUUUGGUUGGUUUUACAUUUCACACAAACUGAGUCAUAGUGAAACAUAGUAUAUGGGAAAGACACAAAAGCUGACAAUGUUAUGCUAAAUAAACUGUAUCUUAUGCACUGUGUGUCAUAAGGCAGGCUUCAGCCCUUCAAAUAUAUUGACAACAAGGGAUACCAAGUAGAUGAAAACAUUCAUGAAAACAUGUCAUUCAAAGAGAUUCUUAGAAUUUUACAAUUGAAUAGGCAAGUACAAUUUCUGUGCAAUAUCAUAAUUGGACUCUUAGCUCUCAAGUAAGCCAUUUAAACUAGCCACUCGCAUCACAGAGAUCUGUACAAAUUGAUCAUAUAAUUAAAUAUACAGAUUCAUAUAAUCUAUAAUUGUUUCUAUAAAAUGUAUAUAAUGACAAAUAGAAUGUCAAACCAUUUGAAUAUCUAUUAGGGUUAAUCAUAUGGUACACUUUCCUUUAUUUUUAAAUCAAUCUAUUUUCUAGUUGAUAAUCUUUGAGAUUUACAUAAAGUUUAAUGUUCCACUGUGGUAUGCGCACGUUUGUUAACAUGCAGAUGAUUAUUUAAAAUAUAUAAUUAUAUAGCGUUUAUUGCCCACUGUACAAUUCUUACCGGAAUAGCAUGGUUAAUGGCCUCCUGCCUUGUCACCUUUACAUUUUGACAAUCAUUGUAAGAGACUGUGGAAUGUUCUAGGCUUCUAAAUACAUCUGUUCCUAACUCUUUCUUUUAAUCCUCUUAACUAUUGUAUGACAGUGUUGUCAUGACAAGGAACGAUAUUUAAGUGUAAGAAGUUGCACCGUGAAGUCAUUGAAACCUUUCGAAAACCAAUUGAUGAUCAACACGGAUCAAAAGACGUUUUGUAUCUGUAGUACUAACUUUACGUUAGAUGGUUUCCCUGGUAAGCAAACUGUAGUGUGUGUUCUCUGUAUUGUUCUUUUGUGGGUGGGUAUUGAAGUAGUACCAGACCAUUUAACAUCCAUACUGUGUGCAAUGUGCCACCCUGAUAGUCCAUCCAGACGGGGCUGUAAACGUGUUUUGUUCCUCGGCCUUUGAGCAGUUCAUCUUCCACAGAUCCCUUUUGUACAUUUACUUGUUCUCUUUCUUAUUAAUGACUUGCAUUUUUGAAGCUGGACAUACUGUACUUACCGACUGAACAGAAAAAAGACAACGCCCGGUGAUAUGCAAUUGUUAUACAUAUUAUAUUUGUAUAAAUAAAUAUAUGUGCGUGUGUACAACAACAACUUUGUUGACCCUGAACUGCCUGGUUAUCUAUUGUGUAUAAUAUGCUUUUCUGAAAUUUGGGGGCAAGACUUAAGAGCUGUAAAAGGCUACCAUGAACUAUGACCCCUGUCUGUCUAAGCUGUGAAGGGGGUUCAGGGCAGCACUGGCCAGUAAAAAGUUUGUGGUUCUGACUGUGCCUUCAACCGAUAGGUUGGGCAGAGGAAAUGAGAUGAAGUGAUUGACGCUACAAGUCUUGAAACACCUAUUAGAGUUAAUAAGCAUAGGAUUUUAAGUAUCAGAACCAAAGUGCCUAAGGCCCCAUUAUCCUAGAAGGCAGACACUGAAAUUAAUGCUGGAGCUCAGUGGUCCUUAUUGAAACUAAUGCUGGAAGUGGCCUGGUGGGCAGUUGUUCACUCAGAGUAAGGCUGUGGACUUGCUGGCACCACAGUUUACACUAGGCAAGCAAUGCUAUAUGUUCAAAUAUUCACUCCUUAGAGGUUUCAAUCAAUAAUGUGUAAUUAAUAAACAGUGACUCAAACAGUAAA